AACUGUCGCAGUUAUCGGUGCGCGCUCCGAAGUGGGCAGGGGCAGCGUGGCGCAAAUAUACGCCCGCUCGGGCAAAGUGGUUGAGUGACGGCGGCAGCUGCGAGGCUGGAAGAAGAGUCUCCUCAUGGGACAUCUCGGUUGUGGAGCGCCUGAUCUGGAGGGAACGUGAGGAGCUGCACACACAUACCUCCAGAAAACGGGCGACAACAGGAGUCCUGCGCCCGGCAGCUGCCGAGGAGCGAAAGUGUGGGAAGAGGCGCAGGAGAGAGAAAGAGAGAAAGAGAGAGAGAGAGAGAGAGAGAGAGAGAGAGAGUGAGUAGGAGGAGGGAGAGAACGCGUUCUCCAGGCGGCAGGAGACAAGAGGCUUCAAAGCUAAAAGCCCGUGUUUGCGUAUUAUGGGAGCGCUAUGUUGUCCAGGAAAGGACUCAUUCCUGAGGAUUACUUACUGACCCGUUUGGCUGAAGAUGUCCUGCAGCCCAAGUUCAAGGCGAAAGCGGGGAAAGCUCGCUUCAUAUCCAAGAGCGGCACCUGCAACGUAGCUCACACCAACAUCCGAGAGCAGGGUCGAUUCUUGCAGGACGUCUUCACCACUCUAGUAGAUUUAAAAUGGCUCUACACGCUCAUAAUAUUCACCAUGUCCUUCCUGUGCAGCUGGCUUCUUUUCGGGAUGAUCUGGUGGCUCGUUGCCUUUUCGCACGGGGACUUGGACCAAAGAGGAGACGACUUUGUCCCGUGCGUAACGGACAUUCACUCCUUCUCCUCCGCGUUCCUCUUCUCUAUCGAGGUCCAGGUGACCAUCGGCUUCGGUGCGCGUAUGAUCACGGAGGAGUGCGUCUCCGCCAUCAUCAUCCUCAUCAUGCAGAACAUCGUCGGCCUGGUCAUCAACGCCAUCAUGCUGGGCUGCAUCUUCAUGAAAACUGCGCAGGCCAACCGGCGCGCGGAGACGCUCAUUUUCAGCAAACACGCCGUCAUCUCCGUCCGAAACAACAAACUGUGCUUCAUGAUCCGCAUCGGUGACCUGAGGAAAAGCAUGAUCAUCAGCGCCACCGUGCGGAUGCAGGUGGUGAAGAGAACCACGAGCGAAGAGGGAGAGGUGGUGCCGCUGGACCAGAUCGACAUCCACAUGGACAACCCGGUGGGCACCAACGGCGUCUUCCUGGUGUCCCCGCUCAUCAUCAGCCACGUCAUCGACAAGGACAGCCCCAUGUACGAGAUGUCAGCCUCCGACCUGCAGCACAACGACCUGGAGGUCAUCGUGGUGCUGGAGGGGGUGGUGGAGACCACGGGCAUCACCACGCAGGCCAGGACCUCGUACGUGGCAGAGGAGAUCCUGUGGGGACAGCGCUUCGUGCCCACGGUGUCUGAGGAGGACGGCAUGUACGCGGUGGACUACUCCAAGUUUGGCAACACCGUGAAGGUCCCGACUCCGUGCUGCAGCGCCAAGUCGCUGGAUCAUGCAGGUGGAAUAGCUCGCUAUAAAUUGACCGAGGGCGUCACCUUGCGGGCGUCCGUGAGAAAGCAGCGGUCCUCCACGGUGGUCCGCAGGUCCAGGAUGGAGCGUUGACAAACGGACGACAAACGUGAACCUUGCCAGCAUUUUGUAUAAGAACGAAUCAAUCGUGGAGUUAAUGUCAUCCUAUUUAUUUGACAAAGAAGAGAAACACUGAUUUCUCCAUGCAGUUAUAAAACACACACACACAACGGCAUGGUUCUUUUUUCUUUUUUUUUUUACUCAGGGUGAAAUUGAAAAAUGUACAAAGUCAUAAUGCACUGAAUCUUUAGAGAUGUGACUUUUACACCAGAGCUACAGAGCUGAUAUAAUCUACUACUCAUGACAUAUUACAGGAACCGUAUGUAAGAAAUGUAUUGUAUUAAAGGGGCUAUAGAUAUUUAAAAUAUAGACACUAAAGGUAACUGUAUCUUACACACGUGUCUCUUCAAACAGAUAAAUGAAGAUGGUGUGUUAUUAGUUGAAAUACAAACAAAGUGUUGUAAUCACAAUCAUAAUUUAAAGCCUAAACAUUCUCUGUUCGACACAACAAGCUGCAGCUACGGCUCAGAAAGAGAGGAGAACCUGAGGAGAAGCAAAUAAAUGCAGGGUCUGCAUGUCAUAUCAUAUCUUUAUUGCUAUAUCUUACAUAUUAAAAGUAUAAUUCAACCAUAACCACUGUACAAAACCCACUAAAAUGAAUAUUUAACUUCUCUUUUCUCAAAGACAGCAUGUCUUUGUGUGCCGUCCUGUUGGGUUUUUAAUGUUCUGGUUUGGUUCUGUUAAAUGAACACAAGUUCUUUUGUGAUAUAUAAUAAUUAUUUUUGUAUUUUGAGGGGGGAACAUUUUUUGCAAAGCUCAUUGCAGUAGGAUUGUUUCAGGCAAGGGUUAGUUUGACCCAAGUCAGUCCCUAGCCCAGGGGUUGGGAACCUCUGCUUGAAUGAAUACAUAAUUUAUCUUUUAUUAUUAUAAUUAUUAUUAGGAGUGACCGCAUGUAAGGAAGAGUAAUAAAGGAGAAUGUUUCAUGCAAA